AUUUGAGAUCAGCCUGGGCAACAUGAUGAAACUCCGACUCUAACCAAAAAAAAUUAUAUACAUUUGGAUGGGUCGUUUGCAAAAAAGUAGGGAUGUGUACCCUUGUAAACAAGGACAACUUUGAUAGUCAAUCCUUUUAUAGAAAGUAGUAAGCUCUACAAAGGAGCAAGUAAUGUUUGCAAAUGCAAACCUUACAUGCUAACCACUUUGCUAGCCAGAUACACUCUGGAGGAAUCAACUAAUUGAUGUAGGUGUAAUAGGAUAUGUAAUAUUGUUUGAUCAAGACUUUGCUUCUGUGGUUGUUUCUCCACGUCUUGCAAAAGAUCUUUGCGAAACACUACAUUCAGAAACAUCAGAUGGACAUGCUUGAUAUACCAAGUCUUGGUUAAUGAAUAAACUUGUUUUAAAUUGGCUUAUUGCUGGUCUCCCAAGGCUUCCUAUUUUUCUUUGCUGUCGUCUCUCUAAAAUUUCAGGGGAAAACUGUGAGUCUCAAAAUGCUUAUAAGCAGGAACAAGCUGAUUUUACUACUAGGAAUAGUCUUUUUCAAACAAGGUAAAUCUGCAACCCUUUUGCUCCCCAAAGCUCCCAGUUGUGGGCGGAGUCUGGUUAAGGUACAGCCUUGGAAUUAUUUUAACAUUUUCAGUCGCAUUCUUGGAGGAAGCCAAGUGGAGAAGGGUUCCUAUCCCUGGCAAGUGAGUAUUUGCAUUUGCUAGUGUCUCUGAAAACAAAGACAGAAGCAUAUUUGUGGAGGAAGCAUAGUCUCGCCACAGUGGGUGAUCACGGCGGCUCACUUGCGUUCACAAACAGGUAAGAAAGGCCUAGCCCAUGGGGUGAAGAUCAGACCACCAUUUCCUCUCCUUUGGAAUUAUCAGCCAAUAGCUCUAUUAAGACAUGGACCUAUAAACAUUGUGUCAACUUUGAAUGUUACUGCUGGAGAAUAUGACUUAAGCCAGAUAGAGCCGGGAGAGCAAACUCUCACUAUUGAAACUGUCAUCAUACAUCCACAUUUCUCCACCAAGAAACCAAUGGACUAUGAUAUUGCCCUUUUAAAGAUGGCUGGAGCCUUCCAAUUUGCAUUCAUUUUACUGUUUGCUUUCCAUAGAAACAUUGUGUCAACUUUGAAUGUUACUGCUGGAGAAUAUGACUUAAGCCAGAUAGAGCCGGGAGAGCAAACUCUCACUAUUGAAACUGUCAUCAUACAUCCACAUUUCUCCACCAAGAAACCAAUGGACUAUGAUAUUGCCCUUUUAAAGAUGGCUGGAGCCUUCCAAUUUGACCAUUUUGUGGGACCCAUAUGUCUUCCAGAGCUGCAGGAGCAAUUUAAGGCUGGUUUUACUUGUACAACUGCAGGCUGGGGCCGCUUAACUGAAGAUGGCGUCCUCUCACAAGUCUUGCAGGAAGUGAAUCUGCCUAUUUUGACCUGGGAAGAGUGUGUGGCAGCUCUGUUAACACUAAAGAGGCCCAUCAGUGGGAAGACCUUUCUUUGCACAGGCUUUCCUGAUGGAGGGAGAGACGCAUGUCAGGGAGAUUCAGGAGGUUCACUCAUGUGCCGGAAUAAAAAGGGGGCCUGGACUCUGGCUGGUGUGACUUCCUGGGGUUUGGGCUGUGGUCGAGGCUGGAGAAACAAUGUGAGGAAAAAUGAUCAAGGAUCCCCUGGGAUCUUCACGGACCUUAGUAAAGUGCUUCCCUGGAUCCACAAACACAUCCAAACUGGUAAUCAGAGAAAGAGCUCCAGAGCCAGGUGCAGUGAGCAGGAUGUCACAGUCAGCGGGGCUGAGGGGGAGCUGCACUUCCCAGAAAGCCUCCACCUAUAUUAUGAGAGCAAACAAUGGUGUGUCUGGACCCUGCUGGUACCAGAGGAAAUGCAUGUGUUGCUCAGUUUUUCCCACCUAGAUGUUGAGUCUUGUCACCACAAUUACUUGUCAAUGUAUUCUUUAGAAGACAGACCCAUCGGAAAAUUUUGUGCAGAAAGCCUCCCUUCAUCCAUUCUUGUUGGCUCUAAUUCUCUAAGGCUGAAAUUCGUCUCUGAUGCCACAGAUUAUGCAGCUGGGUUUAAUCUUACCUAUAAAGCUCUUAAACCAAACUACAUUCCUGAUUCAGGUUGCAGUUACUUAACUGUCCUUUUUGAAGAAGGCCUCAUACAGAGUCUAAACUAUCCUGAAAACUACAGUGACAUGGCUAACUGUGACUGGAUUUUUCAAGCUCCCAAACAUCACCUAAUUAAGCUUUCAUUUCAGAGUCUGGAAAUAGAAGAAAGUGGAGACUGCACUUCCGACUAUGUGACAGUGCACAGUGAUGUAGAAAGGAAGAAGGAAAUAGCUCGGGUGUGUGGCUAUGAUGUCCCCACCCCUGUGCUGAGCCCCUCCAGCAUCAUGCUCAUCAGCUUCCAAUCGGAUGAAAAUAGGACCUUCAGGGGCUUUCAGGCUACAGUCUCCUUCAUUCCUAAAGCAGUAAUUGUAUCAUACUUAUACCCAAUAUACCCAGAUUUAAACAUCUCCAUAUCAGAGGAUGAAUCAAUGUUUCUGGAGACAUGAGAUGUGCCAAAUGGACAAACCAAUGUUUCUGGUAAGCUGUUUUGGGUACCAAGUGAUACACACAGAGUAUAAUCCAGGGUUCAACUGGAGAAGCAGGUGAUAUAGAUUUAAUUACAUCUUCCUCUAAAAUAUACUGGAGUCCUAACCUCCAGUACCCCAGAAUGUGACCUUAUUUAGAGACAGGGUUGUUACAGAGUUAAUCAGUUAAAAUGAGGUUUAUUAGCCUGGGCCCUAAUCCAAUAUGACUAGUGUCCUUAUUAAAAGGAGAAAAUUGGAAGCAGAGAGACAAACACACACAGGGAGAAGAUUGUGUAAUGAUGAAGGCAGAGGUUGGGGCAAUACAUCAUCUACAGGCCAAGGGGCACCAUUAACUGCCAGUAAACCACCAGAAGCUAGAGGAGAGGCUUGGAGCAGACUCCUCAUCAGAGCCCUCAGACAGAGUCAACCCUGCCGACACCUUGAUCUUGGACUUCUAGCCUCCAGAAUUAUGAGACAAUAAA